CCCUCAAGGUGUCUCUCUCUGCCCACACUGCAGUCAAGAAAAAACUCACACACAUAAGCAGUUUGUAUCUAUUCUGCCAAACAGCUUGCCUUUCGUUGUUUCUCAAGUAGCUGACAUUAUGGGGCUCAGUGACCAGGAAUGGCAGAGGGUCUUGGAAAUAUGGGGAAAAGUGGAACCUGAUCUCCCUGUACAUGCCCAGGAAGUUAUCAUCAGGAUGUUUCAGAGGCACCCUGAGACCUUGGAACACUUUGACAAGUUCAAGCACCUGAAGACGCUUGAUGAGAUGAAGAGCUCAGAAGAACUGAAGAAGCAUGGAAUGACCGUCCUCAACGCCCUGGGCAGAAUCCUGAAACGGAAAGGGCAACAUGAGGCAGAACUCAGACCACUGGCGCAGACCCACGCCACCAAGCAUAAAAUUCCCAUCAGGUAUCUUGAGUUCAUUUCUGAAGUGAUUGUUGGCGUCAUUGCUGAUCAAUAUUCUGCGGAUUUUGGGGCCGAUUCACAAGCAGCCAUGAGGAAGGCCUUGGAGGUGUUCCGGAAUGACAUGGCUAGCAAGUACAAGGAGUUUGGAUUCCAGGGUUAGCGAAGACACGGAGGAGGAAUGCCUAGUGGUGACAUAUAUAGUAGCACAGGUGUUGUUUCAAGAGGAGAAAAUUCUGAUCACGUGGGAAAAUAAUUUGGCACCGGGUUGAAAAAUUCACAUCAAACGAAAGCCCAGACUAUAAGUGAUGGUAGUGGAUCUGUGCCUUUAAAGACUCUGUUUAAGUGUAAAGCAUCAUACUGGGUCUGCGAGAGAUUUAAAGGGCCAAAGGAACGCACAGGCACAGACUCUCUCUGUGUGUUGAACUCAGUUACCCACAUUCCACUUUUACGCCAGUAGCUUAUCUCCCCCUCCCCACUCCAAGGUCUUUUCUUCUCUGGCUAUACUCUGAUACCAGAAGGGAGUCCAACUAUGAUAAAAAUGCAGGGUGUGAGGGUAGGUGAGCUGUCACAGAGCAGAGGGAGGAUUUAUUCCCCCCUGCCCAUGUGCCCCUUUGGCCCUGUACUUUAUGUAUCUAUGUGGCAUACCCAUAUUCAACGUGGCUCUUCCGCUGUCUUGUGUGGCUAUCAGUUUAGGCCGCCAUAUCUAGAAAGCAAGCAGUGCUUUUUUAAUUAAUUAAACACUGUUUCCACACUGUGUGUGUUCAGU